UAUGGACGUGUUAACUACGACGGUGUUUGUAGUCGUAAUAUGUAUCAUUUUAGGGUGAAUUAGACAAAAUCGUCAUCUCCCUCCUGGACCUGGAGGCAUACCAGGAUUAUCUGGGUUGAAAAUAAUGGCGUCGGACAAAAUGCCAACGAGAACUUUCAGGAAAUUGAGGAAGAAAUAUGGAGAUAUUUUCAGCAUUCGGGUCGGCACACAGCUACUUGUUGUCCUAAAUGGUUAUGACGUCAUCAAGGACGCUCUCUUUAAUAGGGCAGAGGAGUUUUCAGAUCGCGAUAACAACUUCAUGAACCGUAUAUUGGAAAAAGGCAGAGAGUACAUGUAUAUAGGAGCGAAUUUAGCUGUGUCCGCCCUGCUGAGAUGGCAGCUAGAAAGUGACCUCACGACCACGUGUACCCGGGUAUGUACACGUGUACCCGCUCCCGCGGAGCGUGCGCCUAGCACGAGUAAUACGAUGUCGUUCAAGACAAAUUAUUCCCGCUAUACUGACGAAACGCGGGAAUAUUUAAGUAAGAUACCUGGUAUGUCGGUGUCAGAAGACGAGUUAACAUCAGGUUCUUUACCUGGUAUGUCGGUGACAGAAAACGAUAUAAUAUCAGGUUUACUACUGACACUCGUAAAAUUGAUAUUUUCUAGGCGGAAAUUGAGGAAGACAUAUGGAGACAUUUUCAGCAUACGGGUCGGAACACAACUACUUGUUGUCCUAAAUGGUUAUGACGUCAUCAAGGACGCUCUCGUGAAAAGAGCGGACGAAUUCUCAGAUCGUCCGAUUCUCUUCAUUGACCGUAUACUUACCAAAAGCAGAGGUUUACUAGCCAGUUCAGGAGAAAACUGGAAACAAACACGGACAUUUUGCUUAACAGCCCUCAGAGAAUUUGGGUUUGGUAAGAAAUCACUGGAGGCAAAAGUCAAAGAAGAAGUUGAUGUAUUCUUAGAUGAUAUUGGCCAACAUAAUGGUGAACCCUUUGACAUCAACGAAAUAGCACAAUCGAGCGUGUCAAAUGUUAUUAGUAGUAUUGUGUUCGGGCGACGGUUCGACCACAAUGACGAGGAGUUUAAGAGCCUAUUAAGUAAAAUCGACCCAGGACCGGCCGGUCCCACGAGCAUUGUUAACACGUUCCCCGUGUUACGAUUCCUACCAGGUGAUCCAUUUGGCAUUAAAACAUUUUUAAAGAAACUCUCACAACUUAGAGGAUACUUCCGAACAUCGGUAGAAAAACACAUAAAGAUGUUUGAUCCGAACUCUCCACAAGAUUUAAUAGAUGCUUUUAUUAAGGAAAAUCCAAACACGAUGAGGACAAUCCUGUUUUCAGAUGUAAAUGAUAAUUUAGACUUCGUCAUUCUCCAUCUGUUUGUGGCGGGAGCGGAGACUACCACUACAAUUAUUCACUGGGCCAUUGUCUACUUACUUCGAAACCCGGAUGUACAAGUUCGAAUGUUCCAGGAAAUAGAAUGUGUCGUCGGUCUGUCCCGUUUACCAACAGUUGCUGAUAGACCUAACCUAAACUACUGUGAUGCGUUUAUUACCGAAAUCCUACGACGUUGUAAUAUAGUUCCCCUAUCCAUACCCCACGGAGCCCUGAAAGAUAUUCACUUCAGAGGAUAUCGUAUUCCUAAGGGUUGUACAAUUCUUCCCAAUUUUGAUUCCAUUUUAAGCGAUCAUGACAUUUUCCCUAAUCCGGAAAGAUUUGACCCGACCAGAUUUUUAGAUGAUCAAGGAAAGUUCUGUGGUGCUGAAAAAGUUGUUGCUUUUUCCCUCGGAAGACGAGCGUGUCUGGGGGAGGCGUUAGGGAGGAUGGAGAUGUUUUUGUUUCUUACUUCCUUUGUCCAGAGAUAUGACGUCGUGGCUGACGACCCCGGUAAUCUUCCUUCAGAAGAGGGAAUUUUCGGCCUCACCUACCGCCCGGAGCCUUACAAGUUCCGGGCUAUAACCAGAGGCUGACAUAUUUUGGCAUCGCCUACGGUCCGCAUCCUUACAAGUUUCGGGCUGGACACUGGGGCUGAUAUGAGGAUCAAUCGCAGCAUUAUUAUAUCAUAGUUCAAUGAGAAUUACUGCAUGAUUAUAUCCGGAUAAUGAAAUGUGAUUUUUGGCAUUACAACUUAUGUUAAAUUUUGACAUUACUGAUGUUUUCUUGUUAAACCUGCUAAAUGUUGCGUAAACGUAUUAAGUGUAUAUGCGUGUUUUAAAACUAAUGUUAAAACAAUUAAUGUAAAAUGUAAAACAAUACACUCUGCAUCGUUUGCUGCUUACUAUAAAUGGUAUAGGAAUAUGGUUAAAUUAAUAUGGGUACGUAUGUGCAAAGGCGCCUGCAUCUGGUUAGUAUUUAUAGACAAAAAAAUAUUAGCUGCUACUCCUACCAUAUCAACACGGUGUAACACUUGAAAAUCGGACGA